AAAUCCCCGGUCAGCCUCAUUUCUAGCUGCAGCGAGCAGAGGCAGGAAGCGAGGAGGAGUCUGCGCAGGACAGAAGGAGCGCAGCCAUGGGGAACGCGCAGGAGAAACCCCCAGGAGGAGGCGGCGGGGCAAAGGGGGCCCAUCAUGGAGGCCCGGCGGGGGGGAAACCCCAGAACCACAAAGCUCCAGAGAAGGGGCUGUCCAACGGCUCUCCGCAAGACAACAACAGCCCCGCCGGCCGGAAAGAGGAGCAGGCCAGCCCCGCAGUGGAUACGAGUUACCUGGAUGCUCCAGCCGGGGCCCUACCCCCCCACCUGGCCCGGCUGAAAAAUGAGGGGAACCACCUCUUUAAACACGGCCAGUUCGGAGAGGCGCUGGGGAAGUACACGCAGGCCAUCGAAGGAUGUGCUGAGGCAGGGGUUGAUAGUCCAGACGACCUGUGCAUUCUCUACUCCAACAGAGCUGCAUGCUACCUGAAGGAUGGAAACAGCGCCGACUGCAUACAGGACUGUACCAAGGCUUUGGAGCUUCAGCCCUACUCCUUGAAGCCUCUGCUGCGCAGAGCCAUGGCUUAUGAGUCACUGGAGCGCUACAGGAAGGCCUACGUGGAUUACAAGACUGUGCUGCAGAUGGACACUGGGAUACAAGCUGCUCACGACAGCGUCCACAGGAUCACAAAGAUGCUGAUUGAGGAGGACGGGCCUGAGUGGCGGGAGAAACUUCCAGAGAUUCCCGCCGUUCCUCUCUCUGUUCAGCAACAGCACCGAGAAAAACCAGCCAGCAUCGAGCAGGCACAGGCGCGCGCCGCCAGGGCCGCACAGGUGGACGCCAGAAAAGAAGAGGCCCGGUUCAGUUUACUGAAGCAGGAAGGAAAUGGUUUGGUCAAGAAAGGACUCUUCCAGGAAGCUCUGCAGAAGUACAGUGAAUGUCUGGCAUUGAAACCAGAUGAUUGCGCCCUUUACACUAACAGAGCCAUUUGUUAUUUAAAGCUGCUCAACUAUGAAGAAGCCAAACAGGACUGCGACUCUGCAAUACGACUGGAUCCAACCAACAAGAAAGCCUUCUACAGACGAGCCCUGGCCUUUAAGGGGCUGCAGGAUUACCUGUCGGCCAGCAGUGACCUCCAGGAGGUUCUCCAGUUGGACCCCAACGUGGGGGAGGCCGAGCAGGAGCUGGAGGAGGUGACAAGUUUGUUGAGGCAGAGUCUGAUGGAGAACGCAGCAAAGGGAUGAGGGCUUAUUGUGGUGCCCAGGAGGACAGAGGUGUCGGCGUGCUGCACACUGACAAGCAGAAGGUUGGCUUGUUUCUGUGAACAACCAGGGCAGUGUCAGACAAACUCAGGAAAGUUUAAACACUUAACAUAUUUCCACACCUAAACAUGCAACCCUCGCAUAAACGUAACUGCAGAACCUUGGACUUUUCAAAAGGUUUUCAGACUUUGUUGCUUUCCUUUGCAAAAUAACAAGGAACACAGCAAACACGGUAUAAACUGUUGAAUGCCAACAUAAAGAAAAGAUCAGAUAAAAAUGGAUCCAGCAAGUUUUGCCGUUAGGUUUUGUUCAUAAUCCUUCAUAAGCUAAUAAGCUUUGGAGAAAUUAAACUUUUCUAAGUAAGUUCCUGAUGGAAAACCUUCCUUCAUAGUUUAUAUUUUAACAAUUACAAGAGCAAACCCUGUCGACCAGUGGUGUUCUGCUAAAAUUAAAAUCGUAUUCAGAAAAACCAUUGAUCAAAUCUUUGACACAGCAAAUGCUGAUGGGAAUCUGUUCACCACAGAAUAGCUGUCAUGGUCAGAAACGGGUUUGUCUUUCACUGCCUGAAUUCCUCACGGAGGGUUUGACCAAACUCAGCAGGAAUAUUUCAACAAUCUGCUGUGUAAAUAUGACGGGACAACCAGCUUUUCUGCUCUGCAGCGUGUGAAAGAACCACAAACAAAACACCCCCUGAUGACUCCGCCUUUCCCAGUAGAGAGCUGCAUUUGAAAUGGCUACGGGGCUUGAAACAACGCUUGAAUUUCUUUUUCCUUUCUCAAGUAAUGUAAAUGUGCUUUUUCUGUAGCAGGCUGUAGAAUUCAUUUGUGCAUUUGUGUAAAAUAGGAGUUAAAAAAAGAGAAUACUGUGUGCCUUAUUGAGAUUUCUACUGCAGGUAGGACACAUUGAGCCAAGAUGACUGAUUUUUUUUGAGGAAUAUUUACAUUGGACGAUUGUUUUAGAGUGAUCAUUUUAAGCUCAGAAUAGCAUGAAUUUGCAAAAAAAAAAUAGUCUCUAAGAGGCACAAAAAUAUGUUUUUUUUAAUUGUUAAAAAUUCAUCUAUUGAAUGAGCAUUUCUCACAGUUUACAUCCAUUAGGGUAAUAAUUAAUGACUGCUGCAAAAAGCGCUGCACUCUUUGUUAAAAUAGUCUAUUUUUUGGCGUUCAGAUUGAUGUGUUGCUGCUAACGUUUAGGAUACCAGCUGCUUAGUCCUACUGAAGUUCUCAGGUUUAGCUUUUUCAUCAAAAGAUUGUAUUUUAUUUUCACUUUAGGUAAAGAAAAAACCUCUUCCCUGCCCUACGGGCUGCAGCAAACAUCCGCCCAUCUCACAGCAUCGCUGCUACACAUUAGUUGUUACUUUAUGUUGUCAGGGCAAGUGUCCCGCUUUGACAGAGGUAAAAAAAAAAUGCGUGGGAAGAUUGAGUCAAAUACAAAGUCACCUGCCACGGACAAUGCGGCCUUGUCUUCUCUCUUUUUCUUUUGCUCUGGGUGGUUUCACGGUGACUCACACCUCCAAAAUGUGACCAAAAUAUUUCCCGUGUUUCUGCUCCAGGACGCUCUGACCACACCGAUCUGCAACGUUAAUGCUAGAGAUGAACGAGAUGUUUGUUAUUUAUAUUUAAAAUAUUUUCAAAUGUACUUUAAAAAUGCCUUUAGAUGAAAAAGUGCAGAGUCUGCGGGACACAAUUCGUACCGAGAACAAUUUCUUGCCACUUUAAUAUUUUCUUCAAAAACUGUAAAUAUUCAAAAGAAACGUUGAAUGUUAUGAAAAAAUACUAUGAACCUUCCUAUUUUUGCAGACUUCGUUUAAGAAGCAGAGCCAAAGGAAAAUGUUAUUUUGACAUGUUUAUGACAGUUUUGAUGCCUGAGUCGUUCCCCGCAAUGAUGCAACACAACGUCUAGAGAACGUCUCGUCAUCAUGACAAGACCUAAAAUCCAUCUGAGUCACUCCUAAAAAAAAAAAAUAAAAAAAAAGAAGAAGUUAAAUUCAAAGUGUGUGGGGUGGAAAAAGAGAGUAAAUGUCAGUGAAGACCUCUGGUUUACUCCAAAACCCUGUAUUCAAAUUGAACCUGCAGAAAAGCGAAAUUGUCUGGAAAGUUGUUGCCAUCCCCAUCAUCUCCAUACAGUUGGAGUUUUUGAGAUUAUGGCUUUUGUCGUAAACAUUUACUGUUUGUACUUUAUGCAGGCGGGGCUGCAAAAUAAAGCAAAACUGUCUUUUUGGGGCAAAUGACAGACAUUUUGCUUGACAGGACAUAAACUAUAAAAGGUCACGUUCUUAACUGGGUGAUUGCAGUUGAGUUUGAGAAAAAAAACAGAACAAUUAUCAUCUGAUUGCUUGGAAAAGUGUUUUUUUAUGCUCUAUUAAUCAAGGACCCCAUUUAUUGUUUUCUUUUCUUUUUGUUGCUUGUUAAAAACUGCAUCUGUAACUUUUUAAAAUAAAUAGAUUUGUAGAUUUGUUUUUGCUCUGCAGGUAAGCUGGGAGUAAAUUCAAUUGCAGGAAUUAACUUCAUGGUACUUGAUCUUACCCUUUAAUAACCCUUGUGCUAUCUUGUGGGGUCCAAAUGACCCCACUGCGAGUGGGGUCAUUUGGACCCCACAAGAUAGCACAAGGGUUAUUACAGGGUAAAAUCUACGGAAGCCCAUUUCUGCCACUUUUGACGGAAAAUACCCAGUAUUACCGUAAUUCUGCACAUUAGAGCGCACCGUAAAUGAAUGGUCUAUUUUCAAACUUUUGUCAUACUUAAGGCACACCAAACUAUAGGGCGUAAUAAAAAUUAGUAAUAAAUCUAUCGGUGAGCUACACUUUAUUCCCAAAACAAACAUUCCUGUGUCUACACCAACUCCUAACCCAGUUAGUAACACGAAAGACAAACACAGUCCGACACGUUGGUUGCGUUAGCACAUUCACAAUAAUGCCCAACUCCUGAAAAACAGACUUCUCAAAAUCGCUUCCGACGUUAAUAAGCGCAAGCAGAAUUAAUACAAAUAUAAAGCACUCUGGAUUAUAAAGCACACUGUUGUUUUUUGGUCAAAAAUAAGGCUUUUAAGUGCACCUUAUAGAGUGAAAAAUAUGGUAUUUUUGAAAUGAUAAAAUUAAUUUGUCUAAAUGUGAAAAUAGUGAUGACAGCUACGUUGUUAUAUUUAGUUUCAAGCUAAUUUGAUUUAACUCAAAACUUUGACACGUUUUAAUUUAUUCCAUUUUUCCUAUCCUUGAAUCACUUCCUUACCACAGCUCAACAUGCUUCAUCUCAUUUUUGCCCACUAAACCAACCUCUGUAUUUACCUAAAAGUUAAAAAAAUAGUAGUUUGAUGAAAGGCUAAAUCAAAGUUAGAAAAAAAAAUUGUGCUUCUUUUUUUAAUAUAUAGGUAGCAAUGUGCUCCCAUACAUCCCAAUAGGGUUUUUACAAGCCAUUACAUCACUUCACAGAAUAAAGUGCCACAACUUCAACUUUUUUCUUCCUUUUUCCUCAAAUUUAAAACAUUGAAAGUUUGUGUAAAGUUUCAAGUCAUGUUUGUAUUUCUCCAUGGAAUGUUAAUGCAUGUACUGUAUGUAAAUAAACUGAAUGCAGGUGUAAAUAAACUCCAAUAUGAAGGCUUUA